GACGUCAGGCGCGCGCCGGCUGCUCGCGGCGGCGGCCAUGGGGAAGAGCCGGGCGCGGAAGGCGGCGAAGGCGGCCAACGUCUUCGCUAUCGCUCGCGGCGCUGCCGCCGGGAAGGCCCGCGGGAAGGGCCGGGCGCGGCCCGUCACCUCCGGGCUGAGGAAGAUAAACAUUGCAAAUGCAGACAAAGUGAGCAAGAUAAAUAAAGCUUUUGCUGAAAUUCAGAAAGAAGUACAGCAACUAUCGAAAGGUACUGCAGCAGAACCUCCAAAGAACCAGCAGGUUACUGCACCUUCAGAAGAGGAACCAGCAAAUGUGGAUGCUGCCACGAGUCUACUUUCACAGCUGUAAUGCAUAACGGAUGAGGAAGAGAUUCCAAGAAUUGAAGGGUAUAAGGAUGUUCCAGAAGUCACAUAAAAAGACUGCUAGAGGGGACUUGAGAGUUCAUCUGCAGACCCAUUCCCCUGCCUCAAGGUAGGAUCAAUUAUUAAGACAUUCCAGACAGUUGUUUGCCUCUCCUGUUCUGGAAAACAUCCAGUGAUGGAUAUUCCAACCCCUCCCCUGGGGGAUUAAUUCCACUGCUAACUCUCCCAUGGCACGCUUCUCUUCAUAUCUUACUUAAAUCUCCUUUACUACAAAAUUUUAUAGGUAUAGUUUCUGCAGAGCAAUUGCAAGUAAUGUUAAGUACUUAUCAUUGGUGGUAUCAAUAAGAAGGGCAUUUUCCUGCUCUAAAUUUCAGAUGUAUCUGUUUUGCACCGUAUCUUGCAAGACAGAUAAACAGUUCCAAGCAAUAUGGCUGAACCUUUCUGCUUAUGGGAUAUUUACACACAGGAUAUUUUUCCUGUUCUGAAUCUAACAAGCUUCAGAUCUUUGUCAACUCAAUUUAUCUUUGGGUGAUAGCUUUAACUUUUCAAGAGAGGGAAGUAAAAGGUGGGGAGGGUAGGGGGGGAGAUUCAUGUAAAAUAAGCGAGGAAAGUGUAAAUCCAAGCACCUAAAGGCAGUGCAAUCAAUUUAAAACCAGAUACCAGGAUUAUACCGUGGACUUAAAAGUUGCUGCAAUACAUAUAUAUGCUAGAUUAUUUUCAGGUUCUCAUUUGUACAAUCACAGAGCUUAAAAAGUCACGCAAAUAUCAUUUAUACUCUUAUUGAACCAAAACCUGAAGAGAGGAAAAAAAAAAAAUAGCCUUUCUUAGCCUUUGCUUCUGGAUGAAAUGGAUUACAGCAUGUUUCACCCUUUACCUAUGCUUUAAUUGCCGCUUUAAUUCUUGUUCCAAGAUGCACACCAUUUCUUGAAAAGGAUAUUGGUGGUUUGUAGAAUCAUCCAUAACAUUCUUGAUGCUUUGCUGUAGCCACAGUUUCUGCUGAUCCAAUUCUUUCUCUUUCAGCUCUAGAUCUUCAAUUUCAGCUUCAAGAUACCUCAGCCUGUCCACGACUUCUUUUGUAUUGCAGCCAGCACCUACUCCUCUUAAAAAAAAGUAUAAAGCUUCACGAAACCACAGAUUUAGAAUUUCUCUCUACUUAUUAGAAUAUUCAUAUUCUUUCAGAAAGUAGCUUUUCUGUAUUAGAGAUGGUUCACAGCUCUCCUACUCCUUCUUCCCUCUUAACCCUUCAGUAACCCUUUCAUCUUCAGUGACCAGAGAAAAUAAUUAAGAGGGGUGGGUAGGUGGAAUUACUGUUCCCCAGUACCUCUCCCAGGUUCAGUGAGUGUGAGUGAUAGGUAGAAAGCAGCAAUGCAAGUUUUCUGAAAGUAUCUCUCCUAUAGCUUUUAAACUUGAUUCUAUGUAUCAAAGAUGCAAAUUAAAGGAAAGACAAAUGACCUUCAUUUGUAAUUUGGAUGUCAUUCUGAAAUGUUGCAUUGCUCAUUUCUGAGAGUAACAUUAAUUUCAUCCUAUGUUAACUAGUCAGGAGAAAUUGACGGAGGCAGUUUGUGUUGCUCUCGAGCACAGUAAGAAAUGUAGAAUUAACAAAGCUUACUUCCAUUGAAUGCUGUUUUUUGACUUCUUCUCAAUGAGAUCAAUCCCCUCUAAAACGUUGGUGAUAUCAUAGAUCCUUCUCUUCUGUCUUACAGCAAGGGCAUCAGCAGCCUGUGGAGACAAGAGCAACAGCUGUCAGCAACUUGGGGGGCAAACAACAGACAGUCUAACCCAUUCCCCUGAAAAGAAUGCCAAAUAAUAAUUGACUUGAACUGUUGCCCUUCAGAGACGACUCUUCCUUCAGGAGUAAGAUGCUCAAUGACAAAUUCAGAAGUUUAGCAUUUGCUUCAAGUAGCAUGCAAGUGUGGUCUCCUGAUGGUGAGGGAAGUCACCUGAGGUAAGGCCAGCAAGCCUGCCUUCACCAGGGAGGAGUGCUCACAUGAUCUGCCAGUGCUGCCAUUGGAAUCUGCAGUACCCAACAGCGCUCCUUCUCCAAGGCACAAAAUAGUAGGGAAGGAAGAUGGCAACGCUGCAACAAAACAAGACUCUGAGGCAAACAGCAUGCUGAGUUUAUCAUCCCUUCUGCUGCAACUCUCUGGAUUAAACUGCUGAGAUAUGGAAGGAUGGGGUAAUUUCUUGAAGUGUCUGACAGAAGGAGAGCUGCAAGACUGUAAGCCAACACUGUCCUGUAAGCCAUCUUGCCAGGUGAUGAGUGAUAGGAUACGAGUAAACAGCCUCAAUAGCAUUUAGAGCUGUCAGUACACCAGCACAGCUCAUACCAGUGCUGACAGCCACUACCACUUCCCUUUCUGACCCAGGCCAGCUACAGUGUGUUUGUAUGUGCUGAAACAACAUGUCACUGACAGCAGAGCACACUGGAAGUCAGAGGAUACAGGCUGCUUGAUCAUUCGUAGUUCUGUACAUUAUGAUUCUUUUGUACCUGAUAUGAAGCCUUCCUAGAUGUGCACUUCCUGGGCACCUGAUGAAUGCUUUGCUUUCUGCACUUUUUUUUUUUUUUUUCUCCAGGUCCUGAUUCAACCAGGGACAAGGAAAGAGGUUUAGAUGAUAUCAGAGACAUUUCCCUUUAAAGAAACUUCAUGCAAGGGGAUGGCACUGGGCAUUGGGAACCUUCUCUGUGGUAUAGAAACAGCACGAUGUAGCAGGGCAAUCUCUUCCCCAUCUUCCUUUUGUUUUCCCAUCAGGUAGGCGCUUCAGAGAUCAGAAGCUAAGUUCUUACAUAACACAAUUCUUCAGUUGGAAAAUUUGUCUUUGGUGGUACUUGGUUUGUUCUAGUUGCUUAGGUUGUAGGACUCCACUGAUUUGGACUUUCCAUAGACACAAGAACUCCAUCAUAGCUGCAAAUCCCAAAUCCCUUCCUGUCUCCACAUUUGCAAUGCUUUCUGUCUCCUGCCAUGGAAUAAACUUCACCAGCAAGCAAACAAA